AUGAGUUUCACUCAGUGUGAUAGUUGGGCCCUGGAGUUAUUGGGGGAAGGCCAUGGCCGUAGUGGUGGUGUGAAGGAUGGUCAGGGUCUGCGGUGGGAUGGUAACUGUUCAGUUUCUGCGGUGAUGCUCUGGAAGGUCUCGUUCCAACAGCAAAUCAGUGUCCUUUAUAUCUCUGGGUACGGGGACCUGCACCCUCCGUCUAGUGAUGCUCAGAGGCAUCCUGACACUUUUAACAUCCUUGUUGACCUGAGGAAGAAGCGAAUCUGGAUGAGAAUGGCAUAUUCGGGGCUAUUUCUGAGUAUGAUCGGAGUCCUUAGACUGGACCAACGCUCUUACCGCAUGUUGGUGGAAGAGGCACGAGACGUCGGCAGACCGGGCUGGAUUGAAAGGGUCUCGGCCACCGACUCUCCAGUUUCCUAG